AUGGCUAUGCCGAUGAACAUGCCCCCGGCUUCGUCCAUCUUCUCGAUGUACGCCUCCGUCUCCGCCGUCAUCAUGCUCCUCCACACAACAAUCAACCAGCUCCUCCCCCGCCCCGCCCAGCAAUUCCUCCUCUCCCUCCUCCACCGCCUCUUCUCCCGCCGCCCCUCCCACGCCACCGUGGUCAUCGAGGAGCGCGACGGCCUCUCCUCCAACGAGAUCUUCUACGCCGCCGAGACCUACCUCUGCUCCCACCUCCGCCCCGACUUCCACCGCCUCAAGGUCACCAAGCGCCACAAGGACCCCUCCCUCUCCCUCCGCUUCGCCAACUCCCAGACCAUCGUCGACGACUCCCACCUCGGCGUCCCCCUCCACUGGCGCUUCGUCAACGAGGAAAACAAGAAACCCAACAAGGUCCUCGACGAAGACUCCAACCACCUCGUCCUCGAAUCCGAGAAGCGUUACUUCGAACUCACCUUCAAUAAAAAGUUCAAAGACACCGUCCUCGACUCAUACAUCCCGUCCAUCCUCGACCGAGCCAAAAUCAUUCGGGAGGAGAAAAAGGUCGUAAAGAUUCACACCAUAUCCGGCGCUGCUUCCUUCAACUCCUUCGUCUGGGACUCCAUCAAUUUGGAGCACCCCUCAACGUUUGAGACGCUGGCAAUGGAGGCGGAUUUGAAGACGAGGAUCAAGGAGGAUUUGGACCGGUUCGUGGGGAGGAAGGACUUUUACCGGCGAGUUGGGAGGGCGUGGAAGAGAGGCUACUUGCUGUAUGGCCCGCCGGGGACGGGGAAAUCCAGCUUGAUUGCGGCUAUGGCGAAUUAUCUCAAGUUCGAUAUCUACGAUUUGGAGCUUACUAAUGUGAGGCGUGAUUCCGAUUUGAGGAAACUGCUUCUCACCACCGCCAAUAGGUCCAUUCUUGUCAUUGAGGAUAUUGAUUGCACCGUCCAACUUCCCGACAGGAACGGCUUCGCCGCCGCUGUUGAAGUUGGUAAUGCCCAUUUCCAACGCCCGCGUGAUCAUCAGUUCACACUCUCAGGGCUGUUGAACUUCAUCGACGGGCUGUGGUCGAGCUGCGGGGACGAGCGAAUCAUCGUAUUCACUACAAACAACAAAGGCAAGCUGGAUCCGGCAUUGCUCCGGCCGGGGCGCAUGGACAUGCACAUACAGAUGUCCUAUCUCACGCCCGAUGGGCUCCGCCUCUUGGCCUCCACUUAUCUCGGCAUCCACGGCCACCACCCCCGUCUCUCCGAGAUCGAAAAUCUAAUCAAGAUGAAGAACACCACUCCCGCUGAAGUUGCCGAAGAGCUCAUGAAAUUUGAUGAUGUCGAUUUAUCCCUUAAUGAGUUGCUAAAUUUUCUUGAAAACAAGAACACCGAAGAAGACGACACCAAAGUUAUUAGUGAUAAAGAUAUGGAGGUUGGUGCGGCCAAACACCAAGUUACGGCCCUCGAUUGGGACUUUUAAAUGUGACACAUUAAGAAACUACUAAUUUGGAAUGCUAAAAUGGUUGGAU